AUGAUUGUCGAUGCAACACAUACAUCAGUACAUUCAGAAAUAUCAAUGAAUAGACAAACAUCAUCUGAUAACAUGUCAUCAUCAACAUCUAAUGAUUCUGAUGGUGGAGAUAAAAGUGAAAAAGAUGUUAAUAAAUUAACAGAAAAUAUGUUUAAAAAAGUUACAGAAUAUUUAAAAGGAGAAAUUUUAGGUAAAAAGAAAAUUUCCAAAACAAUAUAA